UUUUUUUCUCUUCCUUUUCCCAGCUUUUCCUCUUCUUUCUUUGAAAACUGAUAUAUUAUACUACUUCGUCUUUGGUUUUUUUCCUCAAUAAAUCAGUUAGUUAUGGGCGCAAAUACAUCUAAACAUCAACAAACGCUGAAAACGUCUGCAUCUAGCUCAACGACAACAUUAAAAAGAACCACCAAUAAUCGUUUACCACCACAGAAAUUAGAGGACCUGGUCGAUUUAGGCACAGUAUUUCCCAAUGGUCUAUACACAGCUACAGAGCAAGACUACGAUGCUAGAAUUGUAAGGAAGCUUAUCAUUCAAAGGAAAAUAGCACCGUUCUAUAAGGGUUUACCAGAUGCUCCGGAACCAGUAACACCGACAAUUACUACUACUGCUGCUGAUACCAAUAAUAUUGCCAGCCUUGAAACAGCCACUAGUAGCACUGGUACAUCCAACACAAAUGAUAUCCACUCUGGUAAUGAUAAUAAUAGCAAUAUACCAACACCAUCAACAACAAUUACCGUCUCUUCAACUCCCGAUAUCACUAAAUUAAUACCGAAACCUGUACCACAACGUUCCGCUUCAUCGUCUUCUUUGUUGGAAGUUUCGGCUGCAAGGACAAAGAAUACUUAUAACAAUAAACCAUUACCGGGUAGACCUCGUAGUCAAUCGCAUAGUAAAGUCAACGAUGUAUCUUAUGAUCCUUAUGCAGAGAGAAAAAAGGCUUUUGUUGAAAAAAUGAAACAGAGAGAAAAGAUGCUGUAUAAUGAUGCAGUAGAGUGUCCAAUUUGUUUCUUGUAUUACCCUGCAAAUAUCAACUAUUCUCGUUGUUGUGAUCAACCUAUCUGUACGGAAUGUUUUGUUCAAAUUCAUCGUCCUUUAGAUGCACCUUCACAACCUGCUACGUGUCCUUAUUGUAUGGAAGAGAAUUAUGGUAUCAUUUAUGAACCCCCGGCCUGGAGUGAGAAAAACCCUCAACAACAUGGCCGGGCAAGAAGUAGUUCUCACAGUUCAAUGUCAGGUACAAGGCAUACAACUUCGGGUAUUGGAGAAACAAACAUACCUAGACGUGCAAGUGUUGAUUAUAAGGAUCCAGAUGUGGUGUUGGUUGAUCAUAUAAGACCCAAUUGGAAUAAGGCAUUGGCGAGCAAAGUUCAAUCGGGUAGAACAACCGUUUCAAGAAGAAAUUCAGUUUCUGCUGCUAAUACUUCAUUAACGUCCUCCUUGGCUGCAACAUCCAGCACCAACAAUAAUAACAAUAGAUCAACCAAUAAUCGUAGUCGACACAACAAUUUCUUUUCCAGAUCUUCAAGUAGUAACAGCAACAGUAAUAGUAGUGGUAAUAACGGCGGUACUACUAGAGGUGCAUUGAGUAGCUUGUUUGUAACGAGACCCGGUAGGUCAGCUUCUUCAGCAGCAGCCGCAGAAUACAAUCAAUACUUAUCCAACAUGAGAGUCUCUAAUAUGGAUUUGGAAGACUGGAUGGUAAUGGAAGCAAUAAGACUAUCUCUCGCUGAACAAGAAGAACGUGAAAGAAAGGAAGCUCUAGAGAAGAGGAAGAAAGAAGAGCAAGAACAACAGCAAGGUAGCAGUCUCAGUAACGAAGCCGAGUGUAGUGAUAGUCAAGCUGAUAACAGCGAAGAGACUAUCAGUCACGAUAAAUGUCAGCAGAAAAUGAAUGAUACCCAAACGCAAGGAGAGGAUCUCUGUAAUCAAAAUCUUGACACUACUCUUAUGGCCGCUGUCAUUACUUCACAUUCUACAAAUUUAUCGUCUGCUGCAUCACCGUCAAUAUCAUCAUCAUCAUCAUCAUCUGAAUCGAUAUCUUCUGCUGCUUCUUCAACCAAAAAACAGUCUACCACUACUUCGUCAGCGUCAACUACAACAGUAGCACCUUUUACAAUUUGAGCGUACUAAAAAUAAAGCGAUGAACGAGGAGUGAUAUCUGAUUAUUUGUACGCUUGUUUAUAGUAAUUGCUUGAAGGAAAUUGUUAAGUAUUGUAGAUCUAUCACCGGAGUGAUGAGCAUUAAAAGUGAACGUGUUUGUGUGCACUGUGUAAUGAGAUCUUCAAAUGUUUUGCAG